CCCACCCUCCGCGAGGAUCCGCGCUAAGCGCGCGUCCCGGCCGCCUGCCUCGCCGUUUUCGGGGUGCCUCCCCGCCCCCCGGGAGAGAAGGUAUCGGGGCACCCUGACGUCAGGUUCGGCUGGGGGCGGGGCGGCAGCGGGGCCGCCCUUCCCCCCCUCGAUCCCGGGCCCGCGCGACCCACUCGGAGGCCGGGUCGCUGCGGUCGAUCUCGUACUCCCUUUGUUCGAUCGGCCCCGCAAAGAUGUCUGAAGAGUUUUCGUUGGCAGAUGCACUGCCUGAGCACUCUCCUGCCAAAACCUCCGUGAGCAGCACCAAGUCUGCCCAGGCACAGGGCUGGCCGGGCUCCAGUCCCUGGAACACCCCGAGUGCUCCGCCUUCUGUGCCAUCGGGACUCCCGCCAAGUGCAACACCCUCCACCGUGCCUUUCGGACCAGCACCAACAGGAAUGUAUCCCGCUGUGCCUCCCACUGGACCACCUCCCGGGCCCCCAGCCCCCUUUCCUCCUUCUGGACCAUCAUGCCCCCCACCUGGUGGUCCAUAUCCAGCCCCAACUGUGCCAGGCCCUGGGCCCACAGGGCCAUAUCCUACACCAAAUAUGCCCUUUCCAGAGCUACCUAGACCAUAUGGUGCGCCCACAGAUCCAGCCGCAGCGGGUCCUUUAGGUCCAUGGGGAUCCAUGUCUUCUGGACCCUGGGCACCUGGAAUGGGAGGGCAGUAUCCUACCCCUAGUAUGCCAUAUCCGUCCCCAGGGCCAUAUCCCGCUCCUCCUCCCCAAGCCCCAGGAGCAGCACCACCUGUUCCAUGGGGUACUGUUCCGCCGGGAGCUUGGGGACCGCCAGCACCAUAUACUGCCCCUGCAGGAUCAUAUCCUACACCAGGACUGUAUCCUUCGCCCAGUAAUCCUUUCCAAGUGCCUUCAGGACCUUCUGGUGCUCCGCCAAUGCCUGGUGGCCCCCAUUCUUACCAUUAAGUUAACAGUGGCUGAAGAGAUGACGCUUUGCUCUUGGAAGUACCUAUACGGACACAUGAAUGCGUGUAUGCCAUUUGCUGGUUUCAUUAUCCUUAGAGGGCAUUCAUGAUGGAACAACGUGCACCUCUCAGA